GUAACAGCUCAGAGGUAAGUGUGAGAGUGAUGACGAGAGAGAGAGGUUGGCUUAUUAUCUCAUGCAAGACCCCGGACAGUUGCAUAGGUCCUCCCACUGAUGUCUGCCUAUUUAUACGGCCAGAAACGCCGCCGUGGGUCGUGAUAAGAGGACGCGACUAGGAGACAGGCAGACACAUCACAAAGCGGUAGUGCCGGCUCUGGCCAAGGCUGCAGCCAUGCCUCUGCUGGAAGAGAUCAUUGUGCCGCAAGAGCACCCACCCACUGUCCCUGUGGUCAUCAUAGGCAAUGGACCAUCAGGAAUUUGUCUGUCUUACCUUCUAAGUGGAUACAAACCCUACCUAGACACGACAACUGUCCACCCAAACCCUAUACUCUACAGGAAACUACAGGAGACCAAGCACCUACCCAUAACUGAACAGGAUCUCGAAUAUUUGAGCGAAGGUCUCGAGGGGAGAUCAGGGAACCCAGUGGCUGUCCUUUUUGACACCCUUCUUCACCCCAAUGCUGACUUUGGCUACGAGUUUCCCCCUGUCCUUCAGUGGAGGAGGGAAAAGCAGCAGCACAUCUCCCAUUUAGUGCUAGGGAGGGCAACACCCGGAGGUGCUUGGCAUGCAAUGCAAGGAUCCAUGCUGACUAUCAGUCUUGGCAUAUGGAUGGAGCUACCAGGGGUAAACUACAGAGACUUGACCAAUGGGAAACGCAGGGAUGUAACCAGCGACAGAGCUACCCCAGAGGAGAUCUCCUCCUAUUACCGUAACUAUGUGAAGCUAAAGGGCCUCCAAAAGAAUUUUGUAGACAACACCUAUGUAACCUCUGUCCAGAAACUUUCCCGAGGGCAUGAAGAUGCAGAUCUUGAAAAUGGGCACACUCAUCAAGGAGAUGGAGGGGUGGGUGAUGGAGGCAAUGAAGGCUUUGAGGAAAAAGGAGUCGAGUGUCUAAACAAAGGAGUGCUCUGGGAAGUGAGAGGAUACCAACAGUUGCAGAACGACACUCAUGUCCCCUUCUCACUGUUUGCAGAGAAUGUAGUUCUGGCCACUGGUGCAAGUGAUUCGCCAGUCCGAUUAGGUGUAGAGGGGGAGGACCUACCGUUUGUAUUCCACAGUAUCUCAGACCUGGGUUUGGCUGUAAGCAGGAGAAAACUAGAUAUAACGUCCGAUCCAGUUCUAGUCGUGGGUGCCGGUUUAAGUGCUGCAGAUGCAGUUUUGUGCGCUUGUAACAGCAACAUCAGAGUGCUGCAUGUCUUUCGUAAGAGCAUAGACGACCCGGACCUCAUCUUCAAGCAGCUGCCCAAAACCCUGUACCCCGAGUACCACAAAGUCUAUAACAUGAUGUGCUCUCAGACCUACACUAAUGUGCCCCCCUCCUCUGCUUCUAACAGACCCAAGAGUAUUGCCUCUUCAGUAUGUGCCAAGAUGUGCCCAAAGCCCCAGCUUGCCGCAGGUAACAUGGCAGGUAAUUCCAGUGUUGACCUGUUCCCCGACUAUACCAGUUUCCCUGAACACUGUGUGGUGUCUUUCCAGUCCGACAUGAAGUGUUUGCUUCAGGGGAACAACUCCCUCAAAGCAUUCAAGAUCUCCAUGGCUCUGGUGCUGAUUGGGACCAACCCAAACUUGUUUUUCUUGAAGGGGCAUGGGCAGUACCUCGGUCAGGAUCCAACAAAACCAAUCAGUUGCAAGCAGAACCCCAUUGACAUCCAUCCCUACACUUUUGAGUGUACCAAGGAGCCAGGUCUGUUUGCCAUGGGCCCACUUGUUGGAGACAACUUUGUUCGCUUUUUGAAGGGUGGGGCUCUUGGUAUUGCCUCCUGUCUGCUGAAGAGACUCAAGAAGAAAGGGAAGCUCAUCAGCAAUGGAGGGAAUAACUUCAUCUGAAAACAUGAUGGAGAAGAGCCGUGCAUGCUGGUCAUAGUGCCAAGAUUCAAGCACUCUCACCAACAGAUGUAGGAGGUGAAUGGGCAAACCAAGAAGUUUUGAUAUGUCAACAUAAUUAAUGGAGUUUUUUCUCAACAAGGCAUAAGCAUUUUUACAAAUGUGCAAGACCAAAAAUACCAUGGAUGUACACUAAUUUUCUAAAGAAACAGUUUCAAGAGUCUUGUCUGACUUCAUCUGAAGAAGUCUAAACAAUCAUGUGCCAAUGCUUUCAAGUCAAUGUGUAACCUCAUAACUGAACGGGACCUUAUUUUUAAUCAGGGUUAUUUAUUUGUUUACCGUGUGUCUUUCAAUCUAUUUACUAACAAGUCUUUAAUGGCUAUUUUAGCCCACUUCUAGUCGUACCUUAGCUUAAUAUUAUGGAGGGGAAAAGUAGAGGCCACUACUGUCAUUCUCCACGAAACUUAAAGGCUGGGGAAACGAUCAGAUUGGAGAAAGUGGGGUCCAAGUUCAUGGCCAAGCAGUCCUGAAGUUCCUGAAUACUCUGAGCCCAACCAUUUUUUAUUUCAACUUGAGAUAAGUUUUUUGCUGCUUAUAUAAUGGGUAGAUGAUGUAAUAUACCAUAAAGUUAGAAAAUUCAAAUAAAUGUUUCCCUGUUGCUUUGGUGUGGUACCACUUACACAUCUUUCUAUGCAAAACAAAUACUCCAAAUGUGAAGCUGCUUUCAGUAACCCACAAAUUUUCAAACAUCAAUGUACCCUCCUGAUUUUAUACCUUCUUCUUUUCUUGCUGUAAAAUCAGUAUGAACAACAUCUGUACUCCAGCAGACACUGAAAACGUGAGAAGAUUUUGUUUUAAGAUUUACCCCUAGAACUAAACAUCAUAGCAUUGGAAAUCCGUAAAAGCACAGCAAAUAUUUUCAACAAAAGUGUUUGCCAAAAGCUGUCCUGCCCUUAUUUUUUUGAACAUGUGUGAAGGAUCAGUGAUAAGACACGGAAAUUAACCAAACUCUGGACAAAAUGAUAAAAUUUGACAGAAAAGACAUGAGCAUGAUGUUCAGUUAAAAGGGUUCUCUAGCAGUAUGAUGCAAGAAGUAGAAACAAGAUAUAAAAGAAACAACAGAGCAGUUACAGUGAUUAACUCUCAUUUAAUCAUGGCUGAAACAAAAAGAAAACCAAAAAAGUUGUUACCUUAAUUUCUAAUCUUGACACUUCAGUUAUUACAGUGAGUGCAGGUUUGCUUGCCACUUAAGCCAAACUAUAUUUGAGCAUA